AUGAUUGCACUUAUUUAUGUUACCAUUGCUGUUGUUGGCAUCUAUAUUUUAUUUUCAUAUUUUAAAUUCGAAUCAAACGAACCGAUCAGUCCAAAUGCAAAUCUCGAGAAGUCACCCGAAGAAAUGCCAUUACCAGUUUAUCGUCCAUUUCGUGAUGGUCCUUUUCAAAUGACAAUGGGACUUCAGUCGUUGAACACUCACGAAUGGAUACAAAUCGAUCCGAAUUAUCGGGAAGAAUUGGCGUUAAAAGAAAAAUUAUUGAAUAGUAAUCGUCGAUGUGACAUAUUCAUUUGUAAAGAUGAGGCAUACGAUGGUGCGAUGGAAACAUUGCAAAUGUUGAUUGAACAUCUUCCCAAUCAAUAUCCGAAUAUGUUUCAACGAAAUCAUUCAAGAACGAAAAUAUCCAAUCUUAUUACGGGACAAACAUUCAGUUUGACUGAACCAGAUCAUAAGCAUCCAUUGGAAAUAGCUUCUCUACUUGUACAAGAAGAUCUCGUCAUUAUGCAACGACCGGCGAAUGAAGAAACAUACUAUGCAAAUGCAUUAGCUGUUUGCUUUCCAUCGGGAUGGCUUCCGAAAUCGAAAUUCGGGUUACCAUUAGCAUUCGUUCAUAUGCCACAUGUACCAUUUUUUCAAGAGAAACUAAGAGCAUCGAUGGAUAAAUAUUUCCUCAAACUCAAAGAACACAAUCCCGUUCAACGAGUGAAUUGGACCCUACAAAUCGGCAAUGAACUUUGUCAUACAGCCAUCGAAGAGGCAGACGGAGUAUUAAUUACAAAAGAGAAUGUCGGUGAAAUGAUGUAUCUUCGAACUGAACGACAGACAUUAAGACGGCUACCUAAGUCCAACACAAUCCUAUUUACAAUUAAAACAUAUACAACAUCAAUCAAAGAUGUUUGUAAAAACGAACCCCUGACAGCGAAACGGUUAGCUGGUGCUGUGAGAAAUUGGCCACCAGAGAUGAUUAAAUAUAAAGGUGCCGAUCAAUAUAAAGAUGGCCUUCUUGAAUAUUUGGAUAUGAUGUCUUCGUCUUCAUUCUAG